AUGCCUGACUUAGCCGACAAGCAAGCUUCAAGCCCAGUCUCUGACACGAGACUCGAAUUCGCCCCGAGAAUUAAUGUCCAGGAAGCUGCGUCAGGGCCCGAGCAGCCGUGGUAUCGAGUGCCGCAUCUUCUCCGUCUCAACCUUCUUUUGAUGGUACCGCUCUUGACGAGCUACCUGGUUGGCUUUGAUGGUAGCAUGCUCAACGGGGUUCAAACUGUGCCUGCGUGGCAGAAUGACUUUGACCAUCCCUCUGGCGGUAUGCUAGGCCUGGUCACGACGGCUCAGACUAUUGGAAGCGCUGGUGCUCUCCCAAUCGGUCCCUACCUAACGGAUCGCUUUGGGCGCCGACCUCCCAUUGCCAUUGGAUCUCUUCUUGUUAUACUGGCGGCAGGGCUUCAAGGAGGUGCGCAGAACCUGGGGAUGUUCAUUGGAUCCCGAGUCAUUAUUGGUAUCGGGUCGUCUUUCGUGGCCACUGCUGCGGCGCCGCUCGUCGCUGAGCUGGCUUACCCAAGUCACCGUGGCAUCAUUACUGCGAUAUACAACACAUCAUGGUAUCUCGGAUCGAUCGUUGCUGCUUGGACGACUUACGGUACCUUCAGGAUACCCAACUCAUGGAGCUGGAGAAUUCCCUCCCUACUGCAAGCUCUACCUUCCUUGAUCCAGCUCGCACUAAUUUAUCUGGUCCCGGAAAGUCCUCGAUGGCUUAUGGCAAACAAUAGACCUGAAGAGGCAAGACGAGUUCUUUGUCGGUACCAUGGCGGCUCCGAACACCCUAAUGAACUGGUGCGCGCCGAACUGGAAGAGAUUGCUGACGCACUAGAGGCCGAACGGUCUCAACAGACUGCUUCGUACAUGCACUUUAUCCGGACUCCUGCCAACCGCCACCGGCUCUUGAUAUGUUUCUCCCUUGGCUUCAUCAUUCAAUGGUGUGGCAAUGGCCUUGUCUCGUAUUACCUAGUACCGGUCUUGAAUAACAUUGGUAUUACGGAUCCGGAGAUGCAGAAUGUGAUCAACGGCGUACUGCAAAUCUUCAACUACAUCACAGCGGUUGGCGCUGCCUUCUUUGUCGACCGUGUGGGUCGUCGUACGCUGUUUCUUGUGUCGACUGCGGGAGUUACACUGGCAUUUGUGAUCUGGACAGCCAUAUCUGCAGUCAAUGAGCAGCAACACCUGGAGAACAAGGGCCUUGGUAUUGGAGUCGUGAUCAUGAUAUUCGUGUUCUUUUUCUUCUACAACAUCGCUAUGAACCCCGUUCCCAUGGCCUAUCUUCUCGAGAUCCUUCCGUUUACUCUGCGCGCCAAAGGUCUGACUAUUUUCAAUUUCGCCCAAUAUGGCAGCAGCAUCUUCAACGGGUUUGCGAACCCUGUUGCGUUGGAAGCGAUCGGUUGGAAGUAUUACAUUGUGUUUACGGUUCUGGCAGCUGUGUGGUUCACCUUCAUUUGGUUCGUCUUCCCAGAGACAAAAGGGAUGAGCUUGGAAGAGGUCGCUGUUGUGUUUGAUGGGCGGCCAAACGAGGAGGUUGAAGGGAAGCUUGAAGCUGCGUGA